AUGUGGGAAUGGCAGCUUAGUUCAUUUGACAUGAACCUCCUGUUUGCUUCGGCUCUUGAAGCCCAAGGAAUAGUUGGCGAUCCUCUCGCUGUACUGGGAGAAGACGAUGUGACAGAAACCGCUGCAAAACGGUGGAAAAGCGUAGAUAAAAAAUGUGAUGUACUCGACGCAAUUGCUCAACGCCUCACAAAGACAGAACCGACUGACAUUGCUGUCAACAAACAACUUGCUACACUCGUGAACGGACUCAUGUUCAAAUUGAAAAAACCUGAAGAAUCAAAGCUCAAAGAAGGAGGGAAAAAAAUCCUCCGACCACAAAACUGUGAAAGUUUGGUCAUGACAAUAGUGGAUGAGCUUAUUUGGAACAGGGUGAGGCCGAACACGAGGUCCUUUGACUCGAGGGUACAAACAGCCCAAGGCAUGUUGAUCAAAGGUGUCAUUGCUGUCACCAAAAUGCUCAAUGAAAUGCUGGACCUGAAGUCCAAAGCAAAUGAUGAGUCAGUGAAUGACAGUGUAGAUUAUGAGAGCAAACUUAACCAGCUGAUCGACAAAGGAAUGUCAGCUAUAGAAAUGCUUAGCUACGCAAAUUUUGAGAUCAACAUGAGACGACAAGAGUGCAUAAAACCCGACCUCAAUAAAGACUACCAAACCUCGUUAUUCUCCUUGUCAGUCCCUGUGAACAACUUGCUAUUCAGGGGAGAUACCUCCAAAAGGUUGGAAGACAUUGACAAGACCAACUGCGCUGUAAAGAAAGCCAUGGUGAAACCCCAUGGUCAAUUGAGCAGGAAGAGAUUUCCUAGUAAACAAUAUGGCCGCUCGCGAGGAUACCGCGGCAAUGAUUAUAAAUAUUCCAGGAGUUCGCACAGCGCAAACGUAUCCAGCUCACGAAAGCCUUUUUUAGGCAAACGAUCGUACAACCAACAGGAGAAAAAAGGGAGAUACGAAAACCAGAAGCAGUAA